AUGUCGUCGUCGCGGCUGCGGUCUGGCAAGGGCAGCAAGCAUGGCAAGACGCCGCUGCUGCGCGAUGAGCGCCCCUUGAUUCGCCGCGAACGAUCAAGAAGGAGAGACGAGCUGCCAACACGCCGCCUCGACGAGGUAGACUCCAAGAUACGCGCGGAGCUGAGGGCACAGCAAGCAGCGCAUGCAGCCAUGUUGAAGGAGCGCGGGAACGAGCUCGAGUCCGAGAACAUGCAGCUCAUGUCCAUGGUUGGCAUCUUGCAGAAGCAGAUUGGCCAGUUUGAUGACCAGCUCGAGACACAACAGAAGAAACACACAACAACCGUCAACGCUCGCCGCCACGAUCAACGUCGCGCCUCACACUCGAGCUUGCAUGCACAAAUGCUCUCAGCAAAUGCAAGGUUACGCCGCCAGUAUCAUGAACUCUUCGAGGCACACACAUCGCUCGUCGACGAGCAUAACAGCAUGCGCGUCGAGAACGAGGAACUCAAGAGCACCGUCUCUCGUCUUCGAUCGCUUGUGGACGAUCUCCACGACGCGUCAGGUCGUGCCUCACCCUCACCGCCAAGGCGCUCGUCACCUUCUCGUCUGGAGACGAAAGAGCGACAGCGAGCGCUACAGAAGAAGCUGUAUGAGAUGCAAACACAACAGAUUGAGGAGAUGCAGGCGCAGAUCGACAGCCUUCAGAAAACGGUGGCAGAGCAAACCCAAGCCAACCAGUACCUUCAGGAUGAGCGGGAUCGCUACAGGCAGAUGCUCGAUGACGCGCACGCAGAGCGAGAGGACCUUGUGACCGCACUCGAUGAAUCACGACAACUUCUCGAUGAGGCGGAGGCCACAUCAAGUGCAACAACGCAAGAAACAAACCAGGAAGCAAGCCGCCUGAAGAUACGGCUGACAGAGGCAGAAGCAGAGCUGAAUCGCACCCAUGAGAAGCUGGCCAAGUCUGUUGCGUCGGCAAAUGCAGCGCAUCAGCACGCGCGGCAGCUUGAGCCCUACCGCGACGACCUCACGCACCUCCUCAAGCUCUCGUCGGGGGAUGCUGCUGUGCUUGAGGAGAUCCAGCACCUUCGCGCGAAAUAUCUUUCAGAGGCGCUGCACCAGCACACAUCAACUGCUUCGCGUGCCGCCACGCUUCUGCAUAUCGACAAAUCCGCACAGAGCUGGGAUGCCCUGCUUGAUCAGGCAGAAGAAUUUGCACGCGUGUGCGAAACACUUGACGAACAGCGGCUAGAAACGAUUGACGCCCUCGUGAACAUGACCCACGCUGUGAGUGCACCAUCCCCGCGCCACAAGACGGAAUUCAUUCGCGAACUCCAACGGCUUGCACGGCCCGAUGUCCCCGACCCAAUCCUGGACAGCCUGGACGAGAUUCUGCGGCUGGAGCGAUCGUUGGCGGUCCACGAGCGAGAGCAAAAACAUCUGGAGCACCAAUACCACCAUGUGUCAGAAAAAUGCAAGGCACAGCGCCCACACUACAUCGAGUUUGACGGCGCAUUUGAUUUGCUGACGUCUCGCUUGGAGGAGUUGGAAACACAGACGCGAACAAUGCAGCAGCGAAUGCGCUAUUCCCGCCCGCAACCCAAACGACAGCAGCACCGCAUGCUCGCCCAUCGACCGUGA